AUGGCGAUUUUCACUCUUUCUUUCUAUAAAGCUCCUAAGAAGGUUAUAGAGGAGUUAAAUAAAUUGCAAAGUAAUUUCCUAUGGGGAGGUUCGGAGGGGAAUUGGAAAACGCAUUGGGUUAGUUGGAAGGAUUUGUGUCUUCCGGUGGAGAAGGGUGGGCUUGGUUUUAGAAACCUAGAAGACUUCAAUAAGGCCCUUCUUUUGAAGUGGAAUUGGAGAAUUUUUGGAGAGACUAAUUCUAUUUGGUUUCGGUUUUUGAAGGCGAGAUAUGUGGAUGUCAAGCUAAGAGCCACAUUUUGUAAUGGUUGUUCUAUUUCUUUUUGGUAUGCCCAUUGGUUGAAAGAAGGUAUUCUAAAAGAUCUUUUUCUGGAGUUGUUCAACAUCUCUCUCUUGAAGGAUGCCUCUAUUGGUGCUAUGGGGGGUUGGAAGGAUGGAUGUUGGAAUUGGAGUGACCUUGGCAUUGUUAUUAAUGCUCAGCCAAGAAGGGAGCAAGCCGCAGCAUUUUCAGUAUUGGCUGCAGCACCUUCCAUGCCUUACAACAGUGUUGCCGAAGCAGCUAGCUCUUUUACCAAUGGGGCAGAACGUGGUGGUUUAAGCAACAGUGCAAUGCAAAUGGUCCCUUCCAUUAUGAGUCAGGCAGAAUUGUUGAAAAGUUUAUUAUUGAAUGCAACUCUGUGUGCGGAUAGGCAGGACUCGGCUUCUUGGGCUCACGAGCUUAGCGGAUUUUAUUCGAUAGCCUCCUGCUGCUACGGGAUGAACAGAAGGCAUUCUCCCUUCGGGCCGACAAACCAUUUUGAUUACAUUUUCAAAGAGAUGUGGAAGGCGGAGGUUCCUCUUAAAGUCAAAGCGUUCGGUUGGCGUUGCUUCCUAAACAAAAUUCCAACCAAAGAUUUACUUGUGAAAAGAGGUAUUAUUUUAGCUUCGGAUGUUAAGUGUGUUCUUUGUGAGGAAACAAUCGAAACUUUGUUUCAUUCUUUUUUCAAUUGCCGUUAUGUCGAAACUGUUUGGAUGGAGAUGGUCGAUUGGAUAUGA